AUGGAUGUCUCAGCUCAGCUACCGUUACCUUUCCAGAAUCUCAGCCGCAGCUUCGCAUUUUCCAAUGAUGACGAAGCGAACUGGUGGCGAAGCACGGGCCCGAUGUUUGCACGCAUGAUGGCUGCCGCCGACUAUGAUGUGCAUGCACAAUACCGGUUCUUGUGUAUCCAUCGUGAAUUUGUCAUUCCCAACCUGGGUCCUUACCCCAGGAAGGGAAAGCCUUUGUGUUGGAAUAGUCACUUGACACGCUUUGGACUACCCUUUGAGUUGAGCUUCAACUAUUCCCAGUCAGUUCUGCGCUUUGCUUUUGAGCCUCUGGGCCCUUCCACCGGCACCGAAGUCGACCCUUUCAACACCCGCGCCAUUCAUCCGGUGUUGAAUGCACUCAGAGCCGUUGUCUCGGAACUCGACUUAGAAUGGUUCGACCACUUCCUUUCAGAGUUAGUCGUUACCGAGGAGGAUGUCAGAACCAUUCGAAAGAACAAGCUGGAGAUUCCUCAAUUCAAAACCCAGAAUAAACUCGCUGCCGAUCUGGAUCCCAGCGGCGAGAUCCUCUUUAAAACGUACAUCUAUCCCCGAAUCAAAGCUAUCGCGUCUGGAACACCGAAGGACCAGUUGAUGUUCAAUGCAAUAAGAAAAGCUGAUCCUGGUGGAAGAUUGGUGGCUCCCUUGGUGGUAUUGCAGGAGUUCAUGGGCUCCCGGAGUUCCACCCUCAUUCCCCACUUUCUUUCGUGCGAUUUAGUUGAGCCUUCCAGAUCUCGGAUCAAGGUCUACUGCUACGAAGUUCAGCUUGAGUUCGAUUCCAUUGCGGCGAUUUGGACAUUGGGUGGACGACGAACCGACCCGGAGACGAUGGCGGGUCUCGACUUGCUGAAGGAAUUGUGGCAGCUGCUACCCAUCACGGAGGGACGCUGUACUCCCCCAAACGGCUUUUAUGAGCUUGGGGAGUCACCCAUGGAGCAGCUGCCAUUUAUCGUCAAUUUUACCUUGUCCCCCAGUAGUUCUCUUCCUGAACCUCAAAUCUAUUUUCCGUCAUUCGGCCAAAAUGACAAGGUCACUGCGGAUGGCUUGGCAACAUUCUUUAAGCGCGUGGGCUACACAGGGAUGGCGACAACCUACGCCUUGGACCUAGCCGCAUACUAUCCGGACUUGGAUAUAGCCAAUACAACACACCUUCAGGCUUGGAUCUCUUUUUCAUCCAGAGGAAACAAACCAUACAUGAGUACCUACCUGCACACUUUCGAGGCAAUGGGCUAUGCUCCCGAGAAGCCACCAGCGAGGUUCGAGGAAAGUCUGUCGACGUGA